AUGUCGCGCUCAACAGACCCAGGACACUUCUUCCAGACGACUACCUCCAUCGAGGAGUCUGCUCGCAAGGCCACGAAAUCCAAAAACACUCGAGGCAACCCCGUUAAGCUCCCUUCCAAAAUCCUCGCGAUUGUCCGCGACCCGAAGCACGAUGGCUCCGUAUACGUUGCAGAAGCAGCUGGCAGCGUAAAGCAAAUCAAUAUUGAAUCUGGUAGCAUCUCUGCAACCUUCUCCGGUCCUACCGCCCCCCUCACCUCGCUCGCCGUUUCCUCCAAGCUCGAUACCGUUUUCGCUGGCUGCUGGGACAAGUCCAUUUGGGCAUGGUCGCUGGCUAAGAAGGCCGCUCCACGUCGAUUUCAGGGACAUACCGACUUUGUCAAAGCUGUGGAGAUCAUUACUGUCGAAGGUAAGGAACUCCUUGUAUCUGGAUCGUCGGACACAACCAUCAUAGUUUGGGACAUAGAGACAGGGAAACAGCUGCACAAGCUCAAAGGUCAUUCAAGAGGGAUCCUUGCGCUGGCUAUCGAGCCCCAGACUAUUGAGACGGCUGAACCGUUAGGAAAAGCUGUGACUUUGCUCAGCGCUGGGACCGACAGGGAGAUCCGCCGCUGGAAAAUUGAGCUCGGCAAAGCGACAGAAGUCGACUUGAAUGCAGAUGCUCCCGGUCCGUUGAUAUCGCACGAGACGAGCAUAGACUCCAUCCGGUUCGACGCCGAUGGAGACCUAUGGACCGCGUCUGCGGACAAGACCGCCAAGUGCCUCGAUCAGAAUCACAAUUGGGAGGCGAACACGACGCUCGAGCAUCCGGACUUCGUUCGCGACGUUGUUGUAGAUGAAGAGGGAGGUUGGGUCGUCACUGCUUGUCGGGACGAGGAAGUUCGGGUCUGGGAAAAAAGCAGCGGGAAGCUACACCAUGUUUUUUCUGGACACUUCGAAGAGGUCACUGGAUUGGUGCUGCUUCCGGGCCAGAAGGUCGUGAGCGUCGGAAUCGAUGCCACAGUACGGCAAUGGAGCCUGAAGGCUGCUGAUUUGGCGAAAGCUAUCCAGGAUGCAGCAGAUGAAGAAGCUGGGAAGGAGAAGGAAGAGCCCAAGAAGGAAAGCCUGAUGACGGAAGAAGAGGAAAGGGAGUUGGCGGAUUUGUUGGAAGAGAGCGAAUGA